AUGCACUCUCAAAGAGAGCGCUCUGAGGAUGGCCCCAAACUCGUGAGCCAAGAGGGGAGGGCAUCUCACCAUUACCACUGUACCCAGGAAGACCUGCACUUAGUUCUAUGUGGGGUCAUGCCCAGCCAUCAGAACUCCGCCCGCCUGCACCACGCAAUUUUGGGCCUCCUGGUCCCCACAGACAGCUCUGGGUCUGAUUCUCUUCCUCAGACUCUGGAUAACAACUCCCUUCAGCUACCAGAAGGUCUCUGCCUCGGGCGGACGAAAUUUGGUGAAGUGGCACAUUUUGGUGUGUUCUUCAGUAGCCCUGUCGCAAACAAAGGAGUCAGGUUCGGGCCCUUUCAGGGUAAAGUGGUCAACACCAGCUAAGUCAGGACGUACGGGGAUAAUUCCCUGAUGUGGGACCUCUUUGAAGAUGGUCAUUUGAGCCACUUUAUUGAUGGAACAGGAGGUACAGGGAACUGGAUGUCCUAUGUCAACUGUGCUCGUUUCCCCAUGGAGCAGAACUUAGUUGCCGUACAAUGUCAAGGGCAGAUCUUUUAUGAAAGCUGCAGGGGGAUCUACCAGAAGCCAGAGCUCCUUGUGUGGUAUGGAGAUUGCUCUGAGAAGUUUUUGGACAUUCCUGUGAGCCUGCAGGUCAUAAAGCAGGGGAACCAGGCAUCUGGAACCUUGGAAGAGUCUGCAGAAGGGUACAGGUGUGAAAGAUGUGGAAAAGUAUUUACUUACAAAUAUUACAGAGACAAGCAUCUCAAGUACACUCCAUGUGUGGACAAGGGUGACAGGAAAUUUCCCUGUUCUUUAUGCAAACGAUCCUUUGAGAAGUGAGAACGGCUCCGGAUCCAUAUCCUUCACGUUCAUGAGAAGUAUCGGCCUCACAAGUAUUUUAUGUGUGGGAAAUGUUUCUCUCAAUCUUCCAACCUAAACAAACACGUGAGAGUCCACUCUGGAGACAGACUCUACCACUGUGUGUAUUGUACAAAGAAGUUGUACACUGCCUCUAGUAUACUCCGCACACAUAUCAGGAAGCACUCCGGGGAGAAACCCUUCAAAUGCAAGUACUGUGCUGAAUCUUUUGCGUCCCAUGCUGCCCACAGCAGCCACGUCCGACGCUCACACAAGGAGGACGGCGGUUCCUGUUACAUCUGUGGAAAAACCUUCCCAGAUCAAGAAGCUUUCUACUCCUACAUGAAGUUUCAUGAAGACUGCUAG